CCCGCCGAAUUUUUAUCACGUGUUGUUCAAAUUAAACAUUCAACAACGAUGAUGGCUGCCAUAGAUUACACUGCGGAGAAAGAUACCGCUAAAAGGUUUUUGGCUGAGUUUUAUGUUGAUGGUGGAAAUGGAAAGAAAUUUAAAUACGGCGAACAGUUGGUAAAGGUUGCACAUCGAGAACAAGUAGAACUGAUGGUUGAACUAGAUGAUUUGGCAGAGAUUGAUCCAGAUCUUGCUGAACGAGUUAUUGAAAACAGUAGAAGAUAUGUUAAAAUAUUUUCACAAGCCAUUGAUGAGUUGUUACCAGAUUAUAAAGAUAAAGAGAUCCAAAAUAAAGAUUCUUUAGAUGUUUAUAUUGAGCAUCGUCUCUUUAUGGAGCGUCAAAAUCACAGAGAUAAUGAAGUUCGUGACCCACGUGAGAAAUAUCCAGCAGAAUUACUGCGAAGAUUUGACAUUCAUUUCAAACAUUUGUCAAGUCAGAAAGCUCUUCCUGUGAGAGAUAUUUGUGCAUCAAGUAUUGGCAAGCUUGUUUGCAUCCGUGGCAUUAUAACCAGAUGUACCGAAGUAAAACCAGUGGUUGAAGUAGCAACAUAUACCUGUGACAGAUGUGGAACAGAAUCUUAUCAAACGGUCAAUUCUACAUCAUUUACACCUUUGGUAAUUUGUCCUGGCAAAGAAUGUACUACUAACAAGUAGAGUAUUAUCUGGUGGCGUCUUUAUCUCCAGACACGUGGAUCAAAAUUUCUUAAAUGCCAAGAGCUUAAGAUUCAAGAACAUAGUGAUCAUGUUCCAGUUGGUAAUAUCCCUCGAUCCAUGACUAUCAUUGCUCGUGGUGAACUAACAAGACAGGCUGUACCUGGUGAUCACGUUGCAAUUACUGGGAUAUUUUUACCAAUGAUGAGAUCAGGAUUUAUGCGCAAUACACAAGGACUUAUGUCUGAUACUUUUCUUGAGGCACAUAGAAUAGUGAAAAUGAAUAAAACUGAAGAUGAAGAAAUAACCAACAAUGAAAAAUUAACUGACGAAGAAAUAAUUCAUCUUUCUGAAGAGCCUGAUUUUUACGAAAAGUUGGCUUGUUCUUUGGCCCCGGAAAUCUACGGUCACGAAGAUAUUAAGAAAGUCUUAUUGCUGCUCUUAGUUGGUGGUGUUGAUCGCUCUCCUGAAGGAAUGAAAAUACGAGGUAAUAUCAAUAUUUUACUCAUGGGUGAUCCUGGUGUUGCUAAAAGUCAACUUUUAUCAUACAUUGACAGGAUGGCUGCAAGAAGUCAAUAUACGACAGGACGUGGCUCAUCUGGAGUUGGUUUAACUGCUGCAGUUACACGUGAUCCAGUAACUAGUGAAAUGGUUCUUGAGGGUGGAGCUUUAGUUCUCGCAGAUCAAGGAAUAUGUUGUAUUGAUGAAUUUGAUAAAAUGAUGGAAUCAGAUAGGACUGCCAUUCACGAAGUUAUGGAACAACAGACAAUCUCAAUUGCAAAGGCUGGUAUUCUAACGACAUUAAAUGCACGGGUGUCAAUAUUGGCUGCUGCUAAUCCUGCCUACGGAAGAUAUAAUCCAAAAAAAUCGGCUGAACAAAAUAUUCAACUACCUGCAGCUUUGCUGUCUAGAUUUGAUAUUCUAUGGUUGAUACAGGACAAACCGGAUCGUGAUAAUGAUUUAAGACUUGCUCAACAUAUUACAUAUGUUCAUCAACAUUCGUCACAUCCGCCAACGCAGUUUACGCCAUUAGACAUGAAUUUAAUGAGACGCUAUAUUGCUGCGUGUAAAGAAAGACAGCCUGUAAUACCAGAAAAUCUGACAGAUUUUAUUGUUGGAGUUUAUGUUGAGAUGAGAAAAGAAGCUAGGGGAAGUAAAGAAUCAACAUUCACAUCACCACGAACUCUUCUCGCUAUUUUACGUCUUUCUACUGCAUUGGCUCGACUUCGUUUGGCCGAGAUUGUUGAAAAAGACGACGUUAAAGAAGCAAUGCGAUUAAUGGAAAUGUCAAAGAUAUCUCUCAUUGAUGACGAUUCUACAACACGUCAUGUGUCUCCUGUUGAUGCAAUUUAUGGUAUAAUUCGAGAAAUGGCUGGACAAGUUAGUAGUGUCAAGUUGGAAGAAGUUAGACAAAGAUGCUUAACGAAAGGUUUUACUCCAGAUCAGUUUGAAAAAUGUUUGACAGAUUACGAAGACCUAAAUGUCUGGCAGAUCAAUUCAUCCAAGACAAAAAUAACUUUUGUACAGUAAGGAGCGUCUUGGUGAUUUUAGUUAAUUCGUGUAAUGGUUCAGUAAAUAUAUUAAAUUAUAACUUUCAACAUCUUAACGUAAAAAA